ACUUGGACAUGUUUGCCUGUGAGACUAUUAGUAAGAAAUGGGAGGAAGGAUUGUGGAGAGAGGGAUGAGAUUGGAGUAGAGGAGGAAGACAAGACAGCUGGGAAUAGAAAUGAGCAUUACAUAUGGCUGUUAUCAGAGGUUGUCUCUCCCAAGGUCUUCAAUGGCUUUGGCUGUAGUACUCCAAACCAACCACACUGCUCCGCAAGAAUCGCCCUUCCCACAACUCCAGCCACAAUACUCUGAACAUGUAGCAUCCCAGCACCACAAAUCCACAUAAACAUCCUGACUCUUACCUGGAGUAAAGAGAUGGAGGCUUCAGGAAAACAGCACUGAAGGCCUUACUGAAGGCUUUAACAGAGUAAAACAAACCAUCACUCAACCACACAGGACAGAAAGAGAGUGUACUCGGAGUGCAUUUGUCCAUCACAAUGAAGAAGCUGGUCUGGGUGGCCAUGAUGCGCUUCAUCCUUUCUUGGCUCAUGAUGCACGCAGGGAACAUGUGUUUGGGAUCUUAUGCUUGUUUGGCCAAUGGGACAACUCGCUCCUUCUUGUGUCUUGGCAGCAAAGUGCAUCAGAUGCCAUACCAUAUACCAAAAAAUACCACAUACGUGGAGAUAAAGCUAACUCGGAUCAUCAUGCUUCCAAGUAGAGCCAUGUCAUCACUCCAUGACCUCAAGCGAAUAUUGGUGUCAGAGAACGGAGUCCUCCAGCGUAUUGAAGCCUAUGCAUUUGCAAACCUGACUAAACUGGAAGAGAUACACACAUUCUGGGGACUUCCAAAACUGAGAUAUCUGACUAUUUCAAACACGGGUCUUACAGUCCUACCUGACUUCUCCAAAGUCCAGUCUGCAGCUUUUGAAUUCCUGUUUGACCUAGAAGAUAACAUGCACAUUGAAGUGAUACCCAGCAAUGCUUUUGCAGGACUUACCAGUGGUACAAUAACCGAACUGAGACUGACAAAGAAUGGGAUCACUGAAGUGGACAGAAAUGCCUUCAAUGGCACCAAAAUAGAAAAACUCUUUCUCAUGGGAAACCAACAGCUGAAGCGUAUCCACAACUACGCCUUCCUCGGGGCUGAAGGCCCCCUCGUUCUGGACAUCUCCCGCACGGCAAUCAGUUCCUUGCCUGAGAACAUGCUGAGGAGACUGAAGCUGCUGAUUGCCACCUCGGUCUACUCUCUGAGAUGGUUACCCAACCUGGAGAUAUUCACAGAGCUCACCCAGGCCAACCUUACGUACCCCAGCCACUGCUGUGCCUUCAAAAACUUCAAAAAGAACAAGUCAGAGAAGAACCGUUUGUGUAACGAUUCCACCAUCCGCAACCAGGAGCCAUACUUCUUUGAGGAGCACUGUAAGGAUGUGAUAGAAGUGAGAUGUUACCCUGAGCCAGAUGCCUUCAACCCGUGCGAGGACAUCAUGGGCUUCACCUUCCUGCGUGUCCUCAUCUGGUUCAUCAGCGUGUUGGCCGUCUUGGGAAACUUCACAGUUCUUUUAGUGCUCCUCAGUAGCCGCACAAAGCUGACAGUACCCAAGUUUCUGAUGUGCCAUUUGGCGUUUGCUGAUUUCUGCAUGGGACUAUACUUACUGAUAAUCGGCUCAGUGGAUUUACAAACCCGAUCGCAUUACUACAACUAUGGCAUUGAGUGGCAAACGGGUGUCGGGUGUGGCACAGCAGGCUUCCUCACGGUUUUUGCGAGCGAGCUUUCUGUCUACACGCUAACGGCCAUCACACUUGAACGCUGGCAUACCAUCACCUACGCCAUGCGCCUGGAGCGGCAACUGCGGUUACACCAUGCGUGUAGUGUCAUGGCUUUUGGUUGGCUCUUUUCAGUGCUUGCUGCUCUAACGCCAGUGAUAGGUGUGAGCAGCUAUAUGAAGACCAGUAUCUGUCUACCCAUGGAUGUCGAGACAGCGUCAUCACAGGCCUACAUUAUGCUGCUGCUCAUUCUCAAUGUGCUCGCUUUUGUGACCGUUUGCGCUUGCUAUGUGCGCAUCUACCUCACAGUGCGGCACCCUGCCUCGGUGCCGGACAGUGCCGACGCCCGUGUGGCCAAGCGCAUGGCCGUGCUAGUCUUCACAGACUUCCUGUGCAUGGCACCCAUCUCGUUCUUCGCCAUCUCUGCAGCUCUCAAGCAACCGCUCAUCACCGUGUCACAUGCCAAGGUGCUGCUUGUGCUCUUCUACCCUAUUAAUUCAUGUGCCAAUCCUUUCCUCUAUGCCUUCUUCACCAAGAGCUUCAAGCAGGACUUCUUUGUUCUCACCAGCCGCUUUGGCUGCUUCGAGUCACGUGCUCGUGUCUAUCGUACAGAAACAUCUUCUUUGCAUAAUGGCCCUAGGAUGCGCUCACCCAAGAAUAGUGAUGGGACACUAUAUUCAUUGGGGCAUGUUGCUCAUCCCCACUGACCCCAUAAACAUUCCAAAUUCAUACACUAUAAGCUGCUCUAGUCUACAUACGAUCUGUUCCGUGCUGCUGGGACUUUAAAUAAAUAAAUAAAUAAACGCAAAAAGGAAACAAAUACAACUGUACAAAAUUUGCUAUCAUCAAAUAUAUGUGUGCAAAACAGCCUCAA